CUGUUUCCCUGAUACAUCCUGCUAUACAGGACGUUUGACAAAAAAGGAGUGGCAGGCUUCUCAAUAAUUGCACAUGUUGAAACUGAAAUGAGUUUAGGCAUAUACUAUACUAUCUAUGAUUUAGGUUGCAAUGGACAAGUUGAAGAUAUGCCCCAACUGCCGCCAAGCAAUUCCCUCAGCAAACUUCGAUGUUCAUGAGAGCACCUGUAAGCAUCGCAUCACCUUCUGCCUUGAGUGUAGCACAGCAGUACGCAACAGUGAGCUGGCUAAGCACAGAGAGGAACUCCACCAGCCGAGACCCUGUCAGAGUGUUCCUACACAACUGACGGAUGAGCACAAGAAUAUUUGUGCUGAGGAAAUUAUGUUUUGCGAGUACUGUGGUCUGGAGAAGAGGAGGAGAGAGCUACAAGGUCAUAUGCAUUCUUGUGAUAGCAGAACCGAGGUCUGUCAGCUGUGCUUUAGUAAAGUGAGACUACGUGAUAUGGAGGAACAUCAAACCAUGAAUUGUGAACGUAUACGCACUGAACGUCAAUGCACUCCGGAAAAUUCCCCAUCCUUCUACGCUUUGACUAGCCAAAUUACUCAAACUGGGAAUGAGAGACAGCAGCUUACAGGGAGUGAAUGGGUAGACUCGCUACUUCCUCAGAAUAUGUCCUAUAUACAAACCAGUGCAGGAGCUGCAUUUUGCACAUAUGAGGAUGACAUUGAACUGGCUCGCAGACUACAAGAGCAAGAAAACAGUAGGGGCAAAACUUUUAAUUUGGACUACACUCUGGCGAAACAACUUCAGCAGGGAGAGACCCCGCAUGCACACACUGCCUACAACGAAAGUGAACUUUUGCAGACGCUUCGGGCUGAAGAAAAAAAGCACAGAAUUUGUGACUCUGAUUUACAGCUAGCUCGCAAACUACAAGAAGAAGAAAAUCUCAGAAACAAGAUAAGUGAACCACGUCCAAGUACUGAUGGUGACAUAGCAAUGGCUCUGAAACUACAGGAGGAAGAGGACAAAAUAUCUAAACAGGAAGAUGGCUCAUCCUCAAAGCCACGUCCAACCAUUGAUAGUUACGUGCACCAAGUGGAACUGGCAACAUCUGUAUCAGUCCCUAAUACUAGUAAUGAUAUGGGAGACAGAUAUUUGGCAGAACAGCUCCAACUUCAACAGGCACAGCAACUAACUACUGACAAUCAAACGAAUACAAAAGUGGAUGAUCCCAUACAAAAACCUCCUGAUUGGCAAAAGCAAAGCGACUCACGUACAACAGAAGUGUUUUCUGUAGCCCAAGGAAGUACUGAAUGGACAAGAGUGGAGCAGAAGUUUAAAGCCACUUUAGCAUAUCAGAUUGUGUCAAUCUCUAGGAUUCAGAAUACAUGGCUGUGGGAAAACUACUGCUUUCAUCGAAAAAAGCUUCACCAGAAAAAUAAUGGGACUGUGAAUGAAAUAGAAUUAUUUCAUGGUACUCGUCUUAAUGAUCCUAAAUUGAUCUACGAAGGAGAGCACGGUUUCGAUAUGCGUUACAGCAAUACAGGAAUGUGGGGAAUGGCCAACUACUUUGCUGUCAAUGCUAGCUAUUCGAAUCGAUAUGCCUUUCGCACUCCGGAUAACUGUAAAGAAAUCUUUCUGGUCAAAGUGCUCACUGGGGAGAGCUACAGAUGUGCUCCUAAUAAAAGCCUUCGUAAGCCACCCGAGAAACCAUUGGUGACUGGAUCUGCUGGAGGGAAUGUGCUUUUCCCGAAGAUGGAUUAUGAUACUGUGACUGGUGACACGAAUGGAUCUCAAGUGUUCAUGACUUAUGACACUUACAAAGCUUAUCCUGCUUAUUUAAUCAAGUACCGGUAAAAAUAACAAACACAAGUCACAAACUAUUAUGUGGCUACACUAAUUGACUUUACCGUGGAAUUUCACCAUAAAAAUAUUUUCUUUAUUUAUAAGCUUUCAUUACUGUAACCAUAUAGCGCGAAAUUUUCAAAGGGGCUUGUUUUUGUGGGUUAGCAAUCCUACACGAAAAUAAUUACUCUAACGUGCAAAGAUUUAAGGCGUGGCUUCCGGUAAGCAGUCAAUCCACAAACAUUAUGCAACGAACGAAAUGCUUUUAGAGGCCAUUCCACGAAAUAUAAGUGCCUCGAAAAUGUUGCGCUAUACGGUAGUUGAUGCAUGUAAUUACAGCACCAACUCAGGUGAAACGCAGGUCUUAAAAAGCGGCAUUGCUUCUUUUGCUGCUUAUAGAAAGGCAUGUUUGUGAUGCCAAAGCAGUCAGCUUAAUUUCCCAUUAUGCAUGCGCAUGUGUUUGAUGCAGAGCUGUAUACUGUUAACUGUAUAGAAGCAGCUGUAAAUACAAUUUAACCGUAGAUCCACCUUCGUACUAAGAGAUUGCACUCGACACUAGACUAUAGCUGUAGCGCAUAAUUGUAUUAAAGCGCCAGCUCAUGCAGAUUGAAUGCAAUUUUCAGGGUUCUGAAAAUGUGCCACUCAGAAGUUUUUUCUUCUUUUGGUGUUGUAAUUACAUAUGAUAUGAAUUUCGAAAGCACGGCUGAACUCCACAUUAUUCAAGCUCAAUUAAGCUAUAUAAUUAAUAGGUCAGCUAGAUUUAUUCUUGGUCUCCCCAUGCAUCUAAGCUGUGAACAGUAUUACAGUCGUACUAUCCACAUGCAGGGAAAGUUAAGGUGCUCAGAUAUAUUAAUUGCAAAUGUUGUGGUAACAGUAUGUAACUUGAACACCCAAGGGAAAAGGCUACAUUGAAACAGCUCUAAAGCCCGGCCUGCAGUUAAAUAAGGAGUGGUAUAUAAUAUACUGUACAAUAAAGGAGACAGUAUUAAAGAAGUGCUGCCUCAUUUAAGGUUGAUUACACUAGAAAAGUCCAGGUGAGUGGUGGCCAAAAGCAAGAGCUACUACUGUUGCCCUCGGAAACCUCUGCAUUACAAACUCACAGAAGAACUAACUCAACAAACAUUUUUGGAACGUCACAAAGAUAUAGCUAGUAGCCUCAGUUCUAAAAUCUGCCUGGAUUUGGGGCUACAAAGAGUGAAAAAGGCUCCUGGCUGACACAUGUAUCUAAGGUGAUGCGACCAAACCCACUUCCUGGGUCUACAUGUCAUUCCACGCUCGAUAGUAAUACCCACCCACCUUGGUUACAUCACCAUGGUGACGAGCCUCAGGUAGAGCUAUAAAUAUGUCUUCUAGUGUGCAUACAAUUACUGUACAGAUAUCUUUUUGUUACUUUUUGCCCCAGGCUACUGGUCACACUUUGAACGAGUUGCUGUCUCUGUGUAGAAGUAGAGUGCUACAACAGUGAACCGUUAGUCUACAGCUGCUAGCAAAGAUCCCAUGCACUGUCCCAUGCUUGCAACUGAUGUCCCGCUGUUGCUAAAAUACGCUUUGGACGACAAUGUAUAUAUAGUUGGAGGAAUACAUGCUCUGUUACUCUGGAUGUUUUUUGCCGGAUUUGAGAUCACAUGGCAGAUCACAUGACAAACAAACUGAGAAGGAGGAUGGAAACGAAACUGAAAUAUUACAUCGUGACAUUUACAUUGG